AAGGAGAUCAUCAACCGGGUGAUCGCUCGCGCCGAGAAGAUGGAGCAGAUGGAGCAGGAGCGCAUCGGGCGCCUCGUGACCCGCCUGGAGGACCUGCGCCGGAGCGUGGCGGGGGACGGCGUGAGCCGCUGCAUCCUCUGCGGGGAGCAGCUGGGGCUGCCGGGCUCCGCCAGCGUCGUCUGCGAGGACUGCAAGAAGAACGUGUGCACCAAGUGCGGCGUGGAGACCGCCAACAGCCGGCCCCGCUCCGUCUGGCUGUGCAAGAUCUGCAGCGAGCAGCGGGAGGUGUGGAAGCGCUCCGGCGCCUGGUUUUUCAAGGGUUUGCCCAAGCAAAUGCUGCCGCAGCCGAUGCCCGUCGGUAAGAGCAAGGCGCCGCAAGCGGCGAGCGCGCCCGCCCCGGCCGAGGACCCGAAGCUCUCGCCCCGCGCGCCGAGCCGAGGCCAGGCAGGCGCCGGGCCCGCGGCCGAGCCGGACUCCUGCGGCGACGAGCCGACGGCGGCCGCCCGGGGCGGCUACGCGGCGCCCGGCCGGAGGCCGCCCAAGAGCGACGCCGAGAGCGGCGGCGGCGGCGGCAGGAGCCCCGGCGCGCGGCGGGCCGACUCCGUCCGAGCGCCGCGGCCGCCCGCCGCCCCGGCGGCACCCCCAGCGAGCCCGCCGCCGGCACCCCCGGAGCCGGCCCGCCCCGCCGCCCGGGACGAGCGAGGAGGGGGCUCCGCCGCCGCCCGGGACGAGAGGCCGCAGCAGCCGCCGGCCCCGCCGCCGGAGGAGGAGGAGGAGGAGGACGCCAACAGCUACGACUCCGACGAAGGCACUACGCUGGGCGCGCUGGAGUUCAGCCUGCUCUACGACCGGGAGAACAGCGCUCUGCACUGCGCGCUCGCCAGAGCCAAAGGCUUAAAACCAAUGGACUCAAACGGCCUGGCUGAUCCCUACGUGAAACUACACCUCUUGCCUGGAGCCAGUAAGUCGAAUAAGUUGAGAACAAAGACUCUGCGCAAUACCCGUAACCCUGUGUGGAACGAGACCCUGGUGUAUCAUGGCAUCACGGACGAGGACAUGCAAAGGAAAACACUCAGGAUCUCUGUGUGUGAUGAAGACAAAUUUGGCCACAAUGAGUUUAUUGGAGAAACUAGAGUUUCCUUGAAAAAAUUGAAGCCCAAUCAGAAAAAGAACUUCAACAUCUGCUUGGAGAGAGUAAUACCAAUGAAGCGUGCUGGAACGACGGGCUCAUCUCGUGGGAUGGCACUGUAUGAAGAGGAGGUAGAUCGUGGUGGGGAUGUGGAAGAGCGUGGGAAGAUCCUUGUGUCGCUCAUGUACAGCACGCAGCAGGGCGGCUUGGUUGUGGGCAUCGUACGCUGCGUUCAUUUAGCAGCAAUGGAUGCCAAUGGAUACUCGGACCCUUUCGUUAAACUUUGGCUGAAACCUGACAUGGGGAAAAAGGCCAAGCAUAAGACACAGAUUAAAAAGAAAACGUUGAAUCCUGAAUUUAAUGAGGAGUUCUUCUAUGAUAUAAAACACAGUGAUCUGGCCAAGAAGUCACUGGACAUAUCUGUCUGGGAUUAUGACAUUGGAAAAUCUAAUGAUUACAUUGGCGGUUGUCAGCUUGGCAUUACGGCUAAGGGUGAGCGCUUGAAACACUGGUACGAAUGUUUGAAGAACAAGGACAAGAAGAUUGAACGCUGGCACACCCUUCAAAACGAGAACCACAUUGCCAGCGAUUAACGGGAGCCGCUGUCCAGACCUCCCCAAAUGGCACAUCGUCUGCCAGCUCCCUGUAGAUUUCUGAUGUCCGUCUUCCAGUGCAGUCAUGCCUUGUGCUACCUGCCUUUGAUCCCAAGGCAGCAACGCUGCUCUGUCUCUUCUCCAGGCAUCCUCUCUGUUCCCUGCUCUCACCUCCAAGUGAAAGCUAACCUAGAUCUUUUGAAUUCAACUCUUUUUUUUUUUCCUCCCUCCCUCAUUGAAUUAUCCUGGUGUGUAAUUUUGUCAAGCAGUAGUUACCCUUUGAGAGUUUAGUUUGCCUCUUCCUCAGUAGUCUCAUGCAGGUUGUAAUAGCAUUGCCUUUCUGUUGUGUGUGAUGGUAUGUAUUCUUCCAGUCUUCACUCAUGUGGCUCAUCCUAUCAUCACCAGCUCAUUGCUCUUUUAACUUCUAAUGGGUUGCACGGUCAGUGGACAUACUGUGUUCUCGUUUUAACAUGGGGGAUUGAGUGUUGAUGUCAGAGCGUUGAACAGUUCUGCUUGUUUGAUAUUGAUACCUCAGUUGCAAUAAUGAAAAAGCUGUUUAGCUUUGAUGUGGGUUGUAAACAUAACUCGGUAUCUGCAUUGUCAUGAUUAGGCUAAGCCUGUGUCACAGACGUAAUCCUGCGAGUACUGCUUUGGCUUUUUUUCGAAUCCAGUACAUUUGAGCAAUGUUGUGGUACAUGCUUUUGAGUUUCUGCUGAGAAGAUCUACCAAUAAUACAGCAUUCAAAUAGGGAGCCGUUCUGCGUGCUCGCAGAGAAACGAGAGGUUUGAGUUGGUUCACAUUUGUUUCCAGUUGCAGUUCAUUUAAAUCUAGGAACAUACACACUCCAUUAAUAUAGGAACACACCCAUACUUAAGGCUUGUGACUACCUCCUCUUCACUUUGUAGCUGCAUAGUAGUGAAUAGAUGAACUCUGAGGGCAGUUUGUUAGGCCCUCUUGAGACUAUACUUUCUGUUGCUGUCGGUGGUCAGCUUACCCGCACCACAUGCAGGAGGGAAGCUGGUGAAGAUAUUUCCCACCAACUAGUUGAUAUGUUCAAAGAUUAUUGCUUUAAAACACUACAAAUAAUGAAACUAGCUGGUUAGAGGUCUUCCAACGUUGUUUUGCUUUUAGAUUUGUUUUUUUUUGGCAAGUCUGCACAGGAACCGUUGUCUUCAAUUUGUGCUUUAAUUAU